GUUAACUCAAACGUAUGAAAGGCAUACUACGGCACAGGCACAGGCACAGCCACUCUCCAACGCAGAAACGAACCAUGGAAUCAGAGACCACCACCCCAAGGACGACUUCAUGGAGCCCUUCAACGAACUGGACCGUCUCCGGUGGCUCUCUCGCAAAUUCCGUCGCUUUCGAGUCCUAUCUUUCCCCGAUCGACAACAACGAAGCCGAAGCCACCGCCGAUUCAACCACCACCUCCAAAUCCCCUCUUGUUCUGCGCCCGACCUCACCGGAUUCCGGCCCUUGCGAGAUUAAAAUUUGUUUGACACAAAAGCAUGAGGUCAGGCAGGUUUAUGUUCGAAGUACUGCUCGAGUCUAUGAGAUAUACUGUGAUUCUGGUCUACAGAGUGGCAAUGAGUAUCUCUGUACUGUUCGCUGUGGCAUUGCUGCCAGAGAUGAAGAAGUGCUGACAACAGACAUUGAAGAAGUUGUUUCUACCAAUCUGAGGGGGCCUAAUGAAGGCCUGUCUGAAGAAGUGAAAUAUAGUAGCAAUUUGACCUCUAGUGAAGAUGACUGGGUUGAAGUGAAAGUCCCUGAGUCUGUGGUUGAGAAUAAAAACUUCUCUUUGCCAUCAAGGACUGAUAGCAAUUCAGGGAUAAGCAAACAGGAGCUUUAUGAGGCUACAGCAGAGAUUACUGAUGCAAGUCCCUGCAUAUCUCUCACACUUCGUCUGCUCUCACUUCAGAGUAAAGGUUGUGUUUAUGUUGAUGAAGUAUAUGUGUUUGCUGAUCCUGUUGAUUCAGCUGACUCUGAAGAUCAAGAGGGUCGAGUGGAAAACUCAGCUGGAAGUUCUCUUAUGACAAUGCUUGUACCAACCCUUUUGCAGUUAUCUAAGACAACUAAACGCGGUACUGAUACAAGGGAAAAGCAGAAAUUCCCCGAGUUUGGUUUGAGAUCAACGGAUCCAAUGAAUUUUGCAACUAGAAUUCACCUGGAAGGAGAAUCCAGCGCAACUGAUCAUCAAGAAGUGAAUGGUGCUAGUGCAGGUACAGCUCAUGUACAGAACCCUCUACAAGUGCCUGUUUCAGAAAGCAAGCCUGAUUAUACCUCAUUGAGUCGUCUUGAAAGUUGCAUGGACCAGCUUGUUUCUCGAGUAGGCAAAAUAGAAGAUCUUUGCUUGAGAUUUGAAGAAAACAUGGUAAAGCCCAUAAGCAGCAUCGAGGCAAGACUCCAGAAGGUAGAGCAGCAACUUGAAUUACUUACAAAGAAAUCAAAUAAUUCUGAGUUGCCAUCUUGCUCAAGAAUUGUUGCUCCUGAUUUUUCUUGCAAUGGAUCAGAUUCCAACUCUUUUUGUAACAGUGGAAGUUGUUAUCCCAAUUGUGGGUCAUUUGAAUCAGACAAGAAGGAUUUCCAUUCAGAUGUAACAUCCAUCCCUCCUGAUGAUAUUUCUGAUUCAGUAAAUGCUACUCAGUUGCUCCCAAGUCUCAUAGUUACUGCUCCCGAGUUUUCAAAUGGCGAUGACGUGGAAGAAAAUUGUGCAUCAGAAUCAGUGACAAAUUCUUCAAAGGAUAAACCAAGGCAAGCUUUGUCAAUUGAUGAUGCUUUAGCAUAUGCUCUUGCAGGAUUUGUAUCGUCAACUUCAAUCCAGCCUCCAAAGUAUACUCAAACUCUAGCUGUUAAAGCCCCUGAAUUUUCAAAUGAGGAUGAUGAAAACGAUGAUAAAAAAUCUUCACCUAGUGUUCAAUGUGAAAAAGCCAGAGAUCACUCGGUUUCUUGCUAUAAAACAGACGGGACGGAGUGCUCGGAAGAUUCAACUUCCUCCAAUACUUUCGAUGGUGAAGGGCAUGUAAUGAGAUCUCUCGAUGAUGACCGCUCUGAGAAGACAGCUGAGGGAGCUGACGAAGAUUGCCAGCUCUGUGAUGGAGAAGGUGCUUGUCAGGCCACAGGAAUUGAAACUAUAGUUGAACAUGAUAUUGCAAGAACAGAUUCUAAUCAGAUAUUGGAUGAAAAUGUAAAUGAAGAAGUGAGCAAUGAGCCGAGCAAUAUAUUAGUUCUUAAUUAUACCGAUGUAUCAGAUCAGACUGAGAAUAUCUCUGAUGCUACCCAGGAAGAAGCUUUUGCAAGCUCUGAAUUUGUUGCUGCUUCAGGAAACACAAAAUCUGGGUUGGAAUUUCUGCAGAAAGUUCUUGAAUUUUCAUGUGCUUCGUCUGUAGUGGAUUUCGAGAUUCCAGUCUUGGAUGUGAAAUUUGCAUCUCAGGAAACUUCUAAUAAUAGGGCUCCCCUGGAAGCUCUUUUGGGUGACGUGCAGGAAUCAAAUGUUGAACCUCCUUGCCUCAAGGAUACACAUGAUGAUUCCCCAAUUGGUGAGGAAUGCAACUUAAUAUUGGUGGAUGAAGGCGAACCGUCGGCUGCGGUGGAUAUGAACUACUGUAAUUUAAUGGACACGCCUUUGAUUGUGGAGAGCGAAAGCCUGCUGGAGUAUCAGGAUUUUCUUACAUGCCGCAGCCAUGAAAUCUUUGUAUCAAGUCUCAUAUGAUAGAAGUUCUCGUGUGUAAACUUGAUUUAGGCAGUAGAUGUGUACCUUUUUCUUUCUUUCUUUCCUUUUCAUCUCAUUUUAACGAUUUCCAAGUAACUUGAAUGUCUAGUACAUUUUGACCU